AUGUAUAGCAAUUUCAAGGAGCAAGCAAUAGAAUACGUGAAACAAGCGGUACAGGAAGAUAAUGCGGGAAACUACGCAAAAGCGUUUCCUCUAUACAUGAACGUGUUGGAGUAUUUCAAAACGCAUCUCAAGUACGAGAAGAAUCCCAAAAUUAAAGAAGCUAUUACUCAGAAAUUUACUGAGUAUCUUCGUCGCGCUGAGGAGAUCCGAACUGUUCUCGAUGAUGGUGGGUCGGGACCUGCUUCUAAUGGGGAUGUUGCUGUUGCUACGAAGCCAAAAACGAAGCCGAAGAAUGGCGAGGGAGAUGGAGAGGAUCCCGAGCAGUCGAAGCUUAGGGUUGGGUUGAAUUCUGCGAUUGUGAGGGAGAAACCGAACGUGAAGUGGAAUGAUGUUGCUGGGUUGGAGAGUGCUAAACAAUCUUUGCAGGAAGAUGUUAUCUUGCCUGUGAAGUUUCCUCAUUUUUUCACCGGUAAAAGACGACCUUGGAAAGCAUUUUUGCUGUAUGGACCACCUGGAACAGGUAAAUCAUACUUGGCUAAGGCUGUUGCAACUGAAGCCGAUUCUACGUUUUUCAGUGUUUCUUCAUCAGACCUCGUUUUGAAAUGGAUGGGUGAAAGUAAAAAGCUGGUUUCAAAUCUUUUUGAAAUGGCUCGCGAAAGUGCACCUUCCAUCAUAUUUGUUGAUGAAAUAGAUUCUCUAUGUGGUACGCGUGGAGAAGGCAAUGAAAGUGAAGCUUCAAGACGAAUUAAAACUGAACUUCUGGUGCAGAUGCAGGGGGUUGGACACAGUGAUCAGAAAGUUCUCGUUCUUGCAGCAAUAAAUACACCAUAUGCUCUAGACCAGGCAAUAAGGCGGCGUUUUGAUAAGCGUAUAUACAUUCCACUACCAGAUUUAAAGGCUCGCCAACACAUGUUCAAGGUGCAUCUAGGAGACACUCCUCAUAAUUUGACUGAAAGUGAUUUUGAACACUUGGCUCGCAAGUCAGAGGGGUUUUCAGGUUAA